ACUGAAGGUGCAACGCGGUCGAACGACAUGGUGCGAGUUGGCGUGCUUGGAGGGCGCUUUGGUCGCGGAUGCGUUGUAGUUUCGAGCGAUACGGUUGUGGCGAGUGUGGCGAUGUGCGGAACGACGCGGACUGUUGACGUUGUUGACGGAGCUGUGACAACGGAACUGGUCGGAAGUGCGAGAGAGUUUGCGACGGACGCGGCGAGCCGGGGGUAGGUGCCUUGCGUUGUGGGUUGUCGGUUGCUGGCGCGUAUUGUUGUCGCGUAGGUGGCGCAUGUCGUCGUGUUGGCGCGGUGGCGGGCGGAUUCAAGCUGUCGCGGCGUGUUGCAAUUGAAGCUGGUGCGGGUGUAGGUGCGUGCGGUGGGAGAAUGGCAUCGACAGCAUUGUCAAUGACCUGGCGGAAUUUUCCGACGGCCGUUACGAUAGCCGUUGGUGCAGUCGCGGCGGCGCGACCGGUGAUGGAACGGAAGUGUGUAGCGAUGGUAGCAGGCUCACCGUCAUCGUCGUCGUCGUCGUGGUCAAAAGAGUUCGGUAGAGUGGGUUCGUCGAAGAAUUCAGUUUCCAUAAAGGAGCGAGUUUGUUGCGGCGGUCGGGAUAGGACACGAGCUUAAAGCACUUACAACCGAACACGCGCAUGUUGGACAAUGUCGGACACGGUUGCUGAUGAACGCGGCGGUGUCGACUGCUUCGGCCCACCAUCGGCCGGGGAGGUUGGCGUGAGUGAGCAUGGCGAGAGCCAUCUCCAUCAAGACUGGAGCAGAGUGUCGAGGUCGUGCGACGAGUACUCGGGGCCCCCAUCUGAGCGAGCGGAACACUUUGACCUUGCGCCCGGUCUGUCGUUCCGAGAACGCGAUGACCGUUUGCAAGUUCGCUGUUUGGAUGGCUGCCCCCGUCGAGUGUACAAAAUGCACGAUCUUGAAGCCAGAUCCCUCGUCGAC